AUGGAGGCAUCAUUGUUAAUGAUUUCUAGACUGUCAUUACCCGAUUAUGCAUCUUCUUUAGGAAUUGGUGCAAUCAUGUUUGUGGACAGAAUGGAUGUUUCAGUUGCUACUCUAGUUACAAGUGGAAUGCCAUUUUUAAAAAGCACGGAGAAGAAACUCUCUGUUAGUCAACGACGGGAAAUCGCGUCAUACAAAAAUGGUCUUCGCUGUAAAAUUUUUAAUAUUUCCGGCAACACUUACAAGGGAGAGUGGAAGAAUAACAAGAGACACGGCAAAGGAAUAUUCUUAGAGACAUCGGGGAAACGAUACGAGGGCGAUUGGGAGCAUGGACUUCGACAUGGAUAUGGUAUCCAGAGCCAUAUGGAACCCCAUUGCUUACACGCAAUAGAGUACACUGGCGAAUGGUACGAAGGAAAACGACAGGGUCAGGGAAUAAGUUAUUAUGCUGAUGGGAGCUAUUAUGAUGGUGCUUGGUUAGACAACAAACGCCAUGGCCAUGGGCGUAUGUGGUUUGCCGAUGGAACAUUCUAUGAAGGCGAAUGGAAAAAUGACCAAUUUCAUGGCCUUGGACUUUAUGCCUAUGCCAAUGGAAAUCGCUAUGAAGGAGAAUGGAAAUGUGGUCUUAAGAAUGGAUGUGGUCGAUACUAUCAUUUGGACAGUGGACAGUUGCAAGAAGGAGUGUGGGUUAAUGGAAACUGUUCCUGUAGUACCAUGACCGAUAUAUACUAUCGGCAAGCAGCUAAGGAUCCAACACAGUAUCCCAUUCCAGAGGCUGCAGAGAAGAAGCAAGAACGCAACGCCACGAGAGUCACUGACCUGCAUCAGGCAGGCAUUUCAACGUCCCUCAAUGCCACAAUGGAUCCAAAUGAAAGCGUGAAGCUUCUCACUGGCUUAAUGCCAACUGCUACCAUGUGUUCCAAGCCAACAGAAGAACGUCCUGGGCCUGCCAGGAGGAAAAAGACGAACGAGACAACUCUGAACUCGUCAGCUAUCUAA